CGCGCUCCCGUGAAGCAUUGCAUUGUAUGAAAGUAGUACGCUGACGGGCUGCACUGGUGGCGCGACUCUUCUCCUUCGAGCACUACUGUCUGUACUUGUCAGUCCGCACGCACUGCAGGAUGGCAGCCAUCCGUAAGAAGCUGGUGAUAGUUGGCGAUGGAGCUUGUGGGAAGACCUGCCUUCUGAUUGUCUUUAGCAAGGACCAGUUCCCCGAGGUGUAUGUCCCCACUGUGUUUGAGAACUAUGUGGCCGACAUAGAAGUGGAUAGCAAGCAGGUGGAAUUGGCGCUGUGGGACACGGCCGGUCAAGAGGACUAUGACAGGCUCAGACCGCUCUCUUAUCCAGACACUGACGUCAUUCUCAUGUGCUUUUCCAUAGACAGCCCUGACAGCUUGGAAAACAUUCCAGAGAAGUGGACACCUGAGGUAAAACACUUCUGCCCCAACGUUCCCAUCAUCCUGGUUGGAAACAAGAAAGACCUGCGCAAUGAUGAGCACACACGCCGGGAGCUGGCUAAAAUGAAGCAGGAGCCAGUGAAGUCUGAGGAAGGCAGGGACAUGGCUGGUCGGAUCGCGGCAUUCGGCUACAUGGAAUGCUCUGCAAAGACCAAGGAUGGCGUGCGGGAGGUGUUUGAGAUGGCCACAAGGGCGGCGCUGCAGGCUCGCCGCAGAAACAAGAGCAGUAAAUGUGUACUGCUGUAACGUGGCAGUUAUUGUGGGACUGUUUGCACCCGGCCUGUUGUACCUGUGGCCAGGGAGGGAUAGAAGAAUUAGUAGACGGCGUACAGGAGGGAGGUCAGCAAAAGACUGCAGUUAAUGGCUCCCGCUAUAAAAUGGCUGUUUGUCGGACUGAAUUUACCCAGAGACUUUUGUUUGGGAAGCUACGAAGGAGAGGGAUUGGAUGUGGGCAAAUAACGACGACCUUUGUAAACCUUUGGCCUUCUAAUUUGGUGGGAACUUGACACCAUCCAAAGACCGCUUGUCCUCACCCCGCCCAACACCGAAGGUCAUUAAGAGAUCCUGCCCCUGCUCAAAAUCUAGCCAUGCGUGAUCAUUUGUGGUGGGGAUGUUCCGCUGACUGUGUUAUGUUUGGAUGGCAACCUUAGUUUCCUCUUUGAAUGACUUGACGGGUCAGGGCACAGCAAGUACACGUAAAUAAUGGCUGCCAGUGGGAUAGUUAACCCCGAUUGUGCAGGCAAGGCAAUCUGCCCUCUGAUGAGGCUACGUGUACAGUUAAAAUUCUCACUUUGGCUCAAAUUUAGGUGUGCCUACCACAAGACAACCUGAAUACUGGUGUCUGGAAACAUUUUGUUCCUGUGUGCACCUCUAGCUGACCCCCUCCACUUCAGAUACGAUGGUUUUACAGCCUCAAGGCAUGAUGUCUAUGUGAGGCUAAUCCUGUGCUUACAGGACUACUCAGCCCUCACCUCACAUUUCUAUUAUCCCACUGUUGCAAUUGACAAACCGUUGCCCCCUCUUGCUAUUAUUUAAAGUACUUGUAAGAUGGUGAUUAUGAUUCGGCAAUUAUGACAUUAACACGCACACCCCCACCAACAAUAAUAUCAUGGGUUCUAAAAAUGACAAACCAAUUAAAAGGGGGCCCAGUGGAAGGAUUUAUAAGCCCGUCAAACUCUUCUCGUCUGCUCCCCAUUCCUCCUCCACACAACUGACUGCUGGUGCUGAUCUUCUAGCUGUAGACCGGGACAAAGAACGUGGAUACUAAGUAUUGUGUUUUAGAUGCGCGCCACCACUAAUCUCUUGAUCUAGGAGUGACGCAAUUUGAUUUCAUUUUAUUUUGGGGGCAGAAAUGUAGACUUGAAGACAGUAAUCGGAAGCCUACAUAGCCUGUUGAAUCUCGGAUCCUGCCUUCAAAUGUUAUAACACCGAGCUGGAACGGCCCCGAACACACUUGUGUUGAAAGCAAUCGCUACCGUAAAGUAUUUUUCAUACGCUAGUCCUUCUGUUACGGCACAAGUGCGGCUGUUUUGUAGGUUGUCUUUGUAAAAUAAGUUUCAGAGAAUGCCUGGAUCCGCCAUGAGCACAUUUUACAAUUGAAUCUGCCUUAUCGUUUAAGUGCUGGUACCUGCCGAUCCAUAAAACUGCAUGACAGCCUUUUGGGGGAAACAAUGUUCUUCAUCACUGUCUAGAAGAAAAAAAAAAAGAAUUGAGACCUGGUUAAUUGCUUGCUAUUAGUUUUAUUUGAUUAAACAUGCUGAUGGUGGCCUGUCAGUUUUCCCUCAAAUAAAAAAAAAAAAAACUAGUUCCUCUUCCUGGCCUACUGAGAUGAGGUUGCUCCAGAAACCUACUCCUGUAUUGUUGGAUUACACUUUAUUUCCUUCUUUUAUUUUUAAAUGUAUUGUUGUCUGUCAGUAUUUAAAAGAAGAAAAAAACAGGCAGAACAAGAGCGGACUGCUACUUUUGCUCGCUUUACCUGACCUUACUCUUAACGACCUGUCAAUCAGUCCCACCAAAUGUUUUUAGACAGUCACGAGAAGAUUAAUUAUUGCUUGGGUCCUGGAUUAAGAUGUUUUCAAAUGCAAAAAAAAUGACAUUGAGAGGGCCAAAAUGUAAUGUACAAAUCAUUUUUAUUCCUCAUUUUAAUGAAUGUUUAAAUCUUAAAUUUUGAUGCUGAAGUCAGAACAGGUAAACCAAGCUGUAUGCAAUGUCUGUAAAUAUGAAUUGUGGGUUUGUUCAUACUAAACUAUACACACAGGACUGGAAACCGUAUUUGUAAACUAGCUUUGGUUUGUGUAAUAAAUUACUUUCUAUAACA